UUUGGCGCGUAUCUAGGACCAGAGCAUGGGAAGCUGCUCUUCCGUGGCGAACUGAACUCGGAUUUGUAUGGUCCACUGCAGACUGAGUACGAGAAGGGAAAGUUAGCUGGAACGGAUGUGUGGAUUCAUAAAGAUCGGAUGAGCGGUAUCUGGGGCCGGAACACUCCGCUAGAGGAGCACUUGACGAAACACAACAUCAAGACGCUGUUCUGGAGCGGUGUGAACGCCGACCAAUGUGUGCUUGGAAGCGUGGUUGACGCCUACUCUUUGGGAUACGACAUCGUCGCGGUCGAGGAUACAAUCGCUACUACUUCUCCUACCGGAGCGAAGGAGAACCUCAUGUACAAUAGUAUCAGAGUAGGCCAUUUCUUGUGCAGGUCCCAGAACGCCGCUGAUAGUUCAUUGUGCAGAGCUAUGGCUUUGUGA